AUGAGCGCUGUUGAGGGACGAACUGCAGAGAAGAGGCACAUUGCGGAAGAUGCUGAAAAUGGUAUUCCUACAAAAGAACAAAAAUUAGAGAAUGGUACUCAACCCGGCGCAGGAGACAAGGCAGCUGUUUUGAAAGAAAACAAAUUGGAUAAAAAAGCAGUAGAUGAGGAAAUCGAUGAAGAAGGAGAUGAAGCAGAAGGCGAAGAUGUGAAUGAAGAUUCGAGUGGGGAAGAAGGCGACAGUUUAGGUGAUGAAGAAGAAGCUGGAAGUGAAGACGAUGAAGGAAGCGUAGGAUCGGAAGAAAUCGAAAGCGAAGGUGAAGGGGGUGAGCCAGAAGAUGGCGAUGAAGGUGAAGAUGUGGAAGGGGAUGAGGGUGAAAGCGAGGACUAA